AUGUCGGGCUGCAAGCACGUCGUCGCCGGCAUCACCAACAACGGCGAAACGAUCUGCAUGGGCGUUAUCGAAAUGGAAUGUGGUACCGUCGUUCCUGUUAUACAUCAUGUUGCCUCUAUGAACAAGUUCGAAGCGGAAGAUUGGGAUGGCGAUCAUGCUGAAACUCAUUAUGAACAGCCGGCAGAUGACGAAGACGCCCAGCAUACAUCCUUUUCGGCAGAAACUGCGGAAGUAGAUACGGCGACUGCGGUGCAUGGCGACGAAGACACGCCCAUCGCAAGCAGUGGACAGUUCGAACGCAAUCGCAGUGCCUCACUCGCCGAGGCACUACUGCACAUUGAUCCGAACAGCGUUCCACAAGUCAGCUUCUUCCAUCCAUCCGGCGUUAUUCCGCUUCUGGAAGCAGAGGAAUCCGAAGAACGAGUCCCUACUCCCGUUGCUGCCAGCGAGACUGAGGCUACUGCAGACGAAUUGCCUGAAGUUGGCAACACUGAACGCGUAAUUGCCAACCUCAUACUUACGCUGGACGCACUCAAAAUGGCUGCACCGGAUCGUCAUACAGCCGCAGUUAAUCGACUCAAAGAACUGGAAGAAGAGUUGCGAACCGCCGGUGCUGUUACUCCAGCUGAUCCAGCGGUAGCUGAUGCGGUGGCUAGGGCAUUAACUGCGGCAGGACCAGGCCGCGAUGUUCAAAUUCGGGUGAAUCAGAGUCGACACACGACCACGACCAAGACCGUGUAUGAGACAGAAACGCCAGGAAUGGUCGGAUUGGAUCCGGAGAAGAUUCGAGAGUUGCAUCAACAGAUGCUUGGCAGCUUGACAUCCGCAGGUGUGGAAGCUGCUCCAGAUACUGGAACGACACAGAAAAAAGAAACAGCUGAGGAAGGAUAUACUAACGAGGACGGCUCAGUUGUUGUGUCGAAGAAGAUGACACGUGUUGUCACCACUACGAAGACAACUCUACCCGGCGAUGCUGAACCAACUCCUGCUUUAGCCAACAAGAACACCCGCUAUCUCGUGGCUUUAAAAUCCUCACCUUCUACAUUUGGCUCUGUGCGGGAACGAAUAGCUCGAUUUGAGUCCUUGCAAGAAAUCAAAUCGACGAAAUCCUCGCCUGACAAGCUUUCGGUGGACAUUGUCGUCACACCGGGUACCCCAGCACGAGAACUGGAAUCUGAUCAUGAUGAUGUUGCUCAAGAACCUUUAAGUCCUUCUAUAGAAUCGGAAGUAUCACAAGCUGAAGUGAAAAGUUCAUCUUCUUACAGUGGAGAGGAGCAUGUUCCCAAAGAUUAUGAAGAACUGGAGCGCAGAGGAAAAAGACAGGUCAUCGAGGAAGAGGCCAAACGUGCCACUUCUCCAGAAACAACCGAAGUUCCUCACGCAGAACAAAAAGCCAUUGUUGCGGAGUAUGGCGCUCAUCCCAGUACAUUUAUAGAAACAACCACCGAAGAAAUAAUUGAGUUGGAAGAACGGUCUGAAUCACCACAAGCUAUUCUCACGAGGAAGAAACCACAAGAGGACGAGCAAAUAGAUGUAAUUCCAGCAAUACCUAUUCAGGAAGAAAGUGAAGAGUCUCCCAAAUUAGCAGAAACGAGGACUACAUUCAUUACUUCUUCCUAUUAUGGAGAGCCGGAAAAACUUGCAGAACAGUUCAGAAGAGAAAAGGAACAAGAACAGCCACCAGUAGAAACCGCUGUCACUGGUCCCAAUUAUGAAGAUAUGGAGCCAAUCCGCUCUAGAGAAGAACACGAAUACCGAACGGUUAAGAAGACAGUAACAACAGUUACUACAACACGUUACAUGGAAAUGCCCGAGGCCGCUACUCCUGAACCAAAAGAAGAAGAAUCAGUAGAAGAGAUCGCAGUUCACCACCCGAAACACGAGCCGUCUACGCAGGAACAAGAUUAUCCCACCGUAACAAAGACUGUGACAACAGUUACCACAACAAGCUACAUGGAAGUGCCAGAAACACCUGAGACUGAUCAGCUCAUAGAGCAUGAUCUAAUACAGAACGACGAGAAACCAACAAGUUCCUACCCAAGUGAGGAACAAGCUAAUAUGAACAAUAUGCAAGAUCACAAAUAUGGCGUGAGUGAACCUAUGACAAUGACAUCUACUUUCCCGCAACAUGAUGAGAAAUCUGAAACACUCACAGAGUGGUCGCAAACACAGGAAAAAUUAAACGAGGGCGGAAGAGCAACAUACACAUUUGGCAGACACCCAGAUAAAGAAGAAGAGCAGAUUAUCGUAGACCAAAAGGAUUUCUCUACGUUACCAAAGACUCUGACAACUGUCACAACAGUUAGCCCGGCUACGCAAGAAGAAUAUCUGCCAACCCGGGAAACUGUCACGACAGUAACAACAACGUGCUAUGAAGAGAAGCCAGAGCUUCCAGGAGACAUAGAAACACACAAGGAGCGAAAGUCACCAGUCAGCCCAAUUGAGGGAGAGGAAUAUCCACCAGUAAAAGAAACAGUGACUAGAGUUACGACGUAUCGAUAUGAAGAGAAGCGAGAACAUCCAGGAGACUUCGAAACAUACAAGGAACGAGAGUCGCCAGUCAGACCAAUUAAGGAGGAGGAUUAUCCGCAAAAGGAAACUGCUACUACAGUCACUACAAUUGGCUAUGAAGAGAACCCAGAACAUCCAGGAGACUUCGAAAGAUACAAGGAACGAGAGUCGCCAGUCAGCCCAAUUAAGGAGGAGGAUUAUCCGCUAAAGGAAACUGUUACUACAGUCACUACAACUGGCUACGGAGAGAAGCCAGAGAUUCUGGGAGACUUCGAAAGAUACAAGGAACGAGAGUCGCCAGUCAGCCCAAUUAAGGAGGAGGAUUAUCCGCUAAAGGAAACUGUUACUACAGUCACUACAACUGGCUACGGAGAGAAGCCAGAGAUUCUGGGAGACUUCGAAAGAUACAAGGAACGAGAGUCGCCAGUCAGCCCAAUUGAGGGAGAGGAAUAUCCACCAGUAAAAGAAACAGUGACUACAGUAACGACGUAUCGAUAUGAAGAGAAGCCAGAACAUCCAGGAGACUUCGAAAGAUACAAGGAACGAGAGUCGCCAGUCAGCCCAAUUAAGGAGGAGGAUUAUCCGCUAAAGGAAACUGUUACUACAGUCACUACAACUGGCUACGGAGAGAAGCCAGAGAUUCUGGGAGACUUCGAAAGAUACAAGGAACGAGAGUCGCCAGUCAGCCCAAUUGAGGGAGAGGAAUAUCCACCAGUAAAAGAAACAGUGACUACAGUAACGACGUAUCGAUAUGAAGAGAAGCCAGAACAUCCAGGAGACUUCGAAAGAUACAAGGAACGAGAGUCGCCAGUCAGCCCAAUUAAGGAGGAGGAUUAUCCGCAAAAGGAAACUGUUACUACAGUCAUUACAACAGGCUAUGGAGAGAAGCCAGAGAUUCUGGGAGACAUUGAAGGAUACAAGGAACGAGAGUCGCCAGUCAGCCCAAUUGAGGGAGAGGAUUAUCCGCAAAAGGAAACUGUUACUACAGUCAUUACAACAGGCUAUGGAGAGAAGCCAGAGAUUCUGGGAGACAUUGAAGGAUACAAGGAACGAGAGUCGCCAGUCAGCCCAAUUGAGGGAGAGGAAUAUCCACCAGUAAAAGAAACAGUGACUACAGUAACGACGUAUCGAUAUGAAGAGAAGCCAGAACAUCCAGGAGACUUUGAACGAUACAAGGAACGAGAGUCGCCAGUCAGCCCAAUUGAGGGAGAGGAAUAUCCACCAGUAAAAGAAACAGUGACUACAGUAACGACGUAUCGAUAUGAAGAGAAGCCAGAACAUCCAGGAGACUUUGAACGAUACAAGGAACGAGAGUCGCCAGUCAGCCCAAUUGAGGGAGAGGAAUAUCCACCAGUAAAAGAAACAGUGACUACAGUAACGACGUAUCGAUAUGAAGAGAAGCCAGAACAUCCAGGAGACUUUGAACGAUACAAGGAACGAGAGUCGCCAGUCAGCCCAAUUGAGGGAGAGGAAUAUCCACCAGUAAAAGAAACAGUGACUACAGUAACGACGUAUCGAUAUGAAGAGAAGCCAGAACAUCCAGGAGACUUUGAACGAUACAAGGAACGAGAGUCGCCAGUCAGCCCAGUUAAGGAGGAGGAUUAUCCGCAAAAGGAAACUGUUACUACAGUCAUUACAACAGGCUAUGGAGAGAAGCCAGAGAUUCUGGGAGACAUUGAAGGAUACAAGGAACGAGAGUCGCCAGUCAGCCCAAUUGAGGGAGAGGAAUAUCCACCAGUAAAAGAAACAGUGACUACAGUAACGACGUAUCGAUAUGAAGAGAAGCCAGAACAUCCAGGAGACUUUGAACGAUACAAGGAACGAGAGUCGCCAGUCAGCCCAAUUAAGGAGGAGGAUUAUCCGCAAAAGGAAACUGUUACUACAGUCAUUACAACAGGCUAUGGAGAGAAGCCAGAGAUUCUGGGAGACAUUGAAGGAUACAAGGAACGAGAGUCGCCAGUCAGCCCAAUUGAGGGAGAGGAUUAUCCGCAAAAGGAAACUGUUACUACAGUCACUACAACUGGCUACGGAGAGAAGCCAGAGAUUCUGGGAGACUUCGAAAGAUACAAAGAACGAGAGUCGCCAGUCAGCCCAAUUGAGGGAGAGGAAUAUCCACCAGUAAAAGAAACAGUGACUACAGUUACGACGUAUCGACAUGAAGAGAAGCCAGAACAUCCAGGAGACUUUGAACGAUACAAGGAACGAGAGUCGCCAGUCAGCUCAAUUAAGGAGGAGGAUUAUCCGCAAAAGGAAACUGUUACUACAGUCACUACAACUGGCUACGGAGAGAAGCCAGAGAUUCUGGGAGACUUCGAAAGAUACAAGGAACGAGAGUCGCCAGUCAGCCCAAUUGAGGGAGAGGAAUAUCCACCAGUAAAAGAAACAGUGACUACAGUUACGACGUAUCGACAUGAAGAGAAGCCAGAAUAUCCAGGAGACUUUGAACGAUACAAGGAACGAGAGUCGCUAGUCAGCCCAAUUAAGGAGGAGGAUUAUCCGCAAAAGGAAACUGCUACUACAGUCACUACAAUUGGCUAUGAAGAGAACCCAGAACAUCCAGGAGACUUCGAAGGAUACAAGGAACGAGAGUCGCCAGUCAGCCCAAUUAAGGAGGAGGAUUAUCCACUAAAGGAAACUGUUACUACAGUAAGAAUGUUCGAGGAGAAGAAAGAACUUCCUAAGCAAAUCGAGAAAUACCCUGAAAGAGAAUCUCCUGCAGUAGCAGAGCCUCCCCUCAGCACAGCAUCUCGUGAAGAUUUUCUACAAGAAGAAAAAUAUCCGCCAGUGAAGGAAUGUGCUACAACUUACGAGGAGGAACCCAGUGAUCUGGAAAAGCUGUCGAAACAUAUGGAACAGAAGACACCUCAAAGCCCGGAAAAGAUCCGAACACAAGUGGUGCGUGAAGAAAGUCAAGAAUUCAACACAGAAAAAGAGUCUCCGAGCGAUGAAACAACGCAGCCAUCGUUUGGUGACAGACUAGCAGGCUUCGCAACCAAAGCAGCAAAGAUAGCAGGAGGAGCUGUUGUAGCCCCAGUAGCACUGGCAGCCAUGGGUGCUUCUGCAGCAUACGAAGCAAUAACUAAGGAUGAAGGACCAAAGAUCAGAGAUGAUGAAGACUCUUAUGCCUUAGCUGAACCUUCACCUAAGAAAGAGAAAUUUGAAGAGAUUGAAACUCAUGGAAAAGAAGAGACUCCCGUCAGCACUGUUUCUCGAGAGGAGCUUUUCGGAGAGAAAUACCCUGCAGUGACAGAGACAGUGACGACAGUAACUACGUUUGAGGAAAAGCCGGAAGUACCCGAGGAAUAUGAGAAAUACCUCGGAAGAGAAUCUCCUGUAGCAGCUGAACCACCUAAGGCUGUGGAAUCUCCCGUCAGCACUGUUUCUCGAGAGGAGAUCAUUGGAGAGAAAUACCCUACAGUGACAGAGACAGUGACGACAGUAACUACGUUCGAGGAAAAGCCGGAAGUACCCGAGGAAUAUGAGAAAUACCUCGGAAGAGAAUCUCCUGUAGCAGCGGAACCACUUAAGGCUGUGGAAUCAGCCAAGGCAGAGGAAUCUCCCGUCAGCACUGUUUCUCGAGAAGAGCUUUUCGGAGAGAAAUACCCUACAGUGACAGAGACAGUGACGACAGUAACUACGUUCGAGGAAAAGCCGGAAGUACCCGAGGAAUAUGAGAAAUACCUCGGAAGAGAAUCUCCUGUAGCAGCGGAAUCGCCUAAGGCUGUGGAAUCUCCCGUCAGCACUGUUUCUCGAGAGGAGCUUUUCGGAGAGAAAUACCCUGCAGUGACAGAGACAGUGACGACAGUAACUACGUUCGAGGAAAAGCCGGAAGUACCCGAGGAAUAUGAGAAAUACCUCGGAAGAGAAUCUCCUGUAGCAGCAGAACCACCUAAGGCUGUGGAAUCUCCCGUCAGCACUGUUUCUCGAGAAGAGCUUUUCGGAGAGAAAUACCCUGCAGUGACAGAGACAGUGACGACAGUAACUACGUUCGAGGAAAAGCCGGAAGUACCCGAGGAAUAUGAGGAAUAUCUCGGAAGAGAAUCUCCUGUAGCAGCGGAAUCGCCUAAGGCUGUGGAAUCUCCCGUCAGCACUGUUUCUCGAGAGGAGCUUUUCGGAGAGAAAUACCCUGCAGUGACAGAGACAGUGACGACAGUAACUACGUUCGAGGAAAAGCCGGAAGUACCCGAGGAAUAUGAGAAAUACCUCGGAAGAGAAUCUCCUGUAGCAGCUGAACCACCUAAGGCUGUGGAAUCUCCCGUCAGCACUGUUUCUCGAGAGGAGAUCAUUGGAGAGAAAUACCCUACAGUGACAGAGACAGUGACGACAGUAACUACGUUCGAGGAAAAGCCGGAAGUACCCGAGGAAUAUGAGAAAUACCUCGGAAGAGAAUCUCCUGUAGCAGCGGAACCACUUAAGGCUGUGGAAUCAGCCAAGGCAGAGGAAUCUCCCGUCAGCACUGUUUCUCGAGAAGAGCUUUUCGGAGAGAAAUAUCCUGCAGUGACAGAGACAGUGACGACAGUAACUACGUUCGAGGAAAAGCCGGAAGUACCCGAGGAAUAUGAGAAAUACCUCGGAAGAGAAUCUCCUGUAGCAGCGGAACCACCUAAGGCUGUGGAAUCAGCCAAGGCAGAGGAAUCUCCCGUCAGCACUGUUUCUCGAGAGGAGAUCUUUGGAGAGAAAUACCCUACAGUGACAGAGACAGUGACGACAGUAACUACGUUCGAGGAAAAGCCGGAAGUACCCGAGGAAUAUGAGGAAUAUCUCGGAAGAGAAUCUCCUGUAGCAGCGGAAUCGCCUAAGGCUGUGGAAUCUCCCGUCAGCACUGUUUCUCGAGAGGAGAUUUUCGCAGAGGAAUAUCCGCCAGUGAAGGAAAGUGCGACAACUCACGAGGAGGAACCCAGUGAUCAGGAGAAGCUGUGGAAGCAUAUGGAAGAGAAGCUAUUUGAAAGCACGGAAGAGAUCCGAACACAAGUAGAGCGUGAAGAAAGUCCACAAUUCACCACCGAGAAAGAGUCCCUUAGCGAUGAAACAACGCAGCCAUCGUUUGGUGACAGACUAGCAGGCUUCGCAACCAAAGCAGCAAAGAUAGCAGGAGGAGCUGUUGUAGCCCCAGUAGCACUGGCAGCCAUGGGUGCUUCUGCAGCAUAUGAAGCAAUAACUAAGGAUGAAGGACCAAAGAUCAGAGAUGAUGAAGACUCUUAUGCCUUAGCUGAACCUUCACCUAAGAAAGAGAAAUAUGAAGAGGUUGAAACUUAUGGAAAAGAAGAGACUCCCGUCAGCGUUGUUUCUCUUGAGGAACUCUUAGGAGAAGAAGCUCCCACAGUGGCAGAGACAAUGGCGGCAAUAACCACAUUUGAGAAGCCGGAAGUACCCGAGGAAUAUGAGAAAUACCUCGGAAGAGAAUCUCCUGUAGCUGCGGAACCACCUAAGGCUGUGGAAUCAGCCAAGGCAGAGGAAUCUCCCGUCAGCACUGUUUCUCGAGAGGAGAUCUUUGGAGAGAAAUAUCCUGCAGUGACAGAGACAGUGACGACAGUAACUACGUUCGAGGAAAAGCCGGAAGUACCCGAGGAAUAUGAGAAAUACCUCGGAAGAGAAUCUCCUGUAGCAGCGGAACCACCUAAGGCUGUGGAAUCAGCCAAGGCAGAGGAAUCUCCCGUCAGCACUGUUUCUCGAGAGGAGAUCUUUGGAGAGAAAUACCCUACAGUGACAGAGACAGUGACGACAGUAACUACGUUCGAGGAAAAGCCGGAAGUACCCGAGGAAUAUGAGAAAUACCUCGGAAGAGAAUCUCCUGUAGCAGCGGAACCACCUAAGGCUAGGAGAUCUUUUGGAGAGAAAUACCCUACAGUGACAGAGACAGUGACGACAGUAACUACGUUCGAGGAAAAGCCGGAAGUACCCGAGGAAUAUGAGGAAUAUCUCGGAAGAGAAUCUCCUGUAGCAGCGGAAUCGCCUAAGGCUGUGGAAUCUCCCGUCAGCACUGUUUCUCGAGAGGAGAUCUUUGGAGAGAAAUACCCUACAGUGACAGAGACAGUGACGACAGUAACUACGUUCGAGGAAAAGCCGGAAGUACCCGAGGAAUAUGAGAAAUACCUCGGAAGAGAAUCUCCUGUAGCAGCGGAAUCGCCUAAGGCUGUGGAAUCUCCCGUCAGCACUGUUUCUCGAGAGGAGAUCUUUGGAGAGAAAUACCCUACAGUGACAGAGACAGUGACGACAGUAACUACGUUCGAGGAAAAGCCGGAAGUACCCGAGGAAUAUGAGAAAUACCUCGGAAGAGAAUCUCCUGUAGCAGCGGAACCACUUAAGGCUGUGGAAUCAGCCAAGGCAGAGGAGUCUCCCGUCAGCACUGUUUCUCGAGAGGAGAUCUUUGGAGAGAAAUACCCUACAGUGACAGAGACAGUGACGACAGUAACUACGUUCGAGGAAAAGCCGGAAGUACCCGAGGAAUAUGAGGAAUAUCUCGGAAGAGAAUCUCCUGUAGCAGCGGAAUCGCCUAAGGCUGUGGAAUCUCCCGUCAGCACAGUUUCUCGAGAAGAGCUUUUCGGAGAGAAAUAUCCGCCAGUGAAGGGAAGUGCGACAACUCACGAGGAGGAACCCAGUGAUCAGGAGAAGCUGUGGAAGCAUAUGGAAGAGAAGCUAUUUGAAAGCACGGAAGAGAUCCGAACACAAGUAGAGCGUGAAGAAAGUCCACAAUUCACCACCGAGAAAGAGUCCCUUAGCGAUGAAACAACGCAGCCAUCGUUUGGUGACAGACUAGCAGGCUUCGCAACCAAAGCAGCAAAGAUAGCAGGAGGAGCUGUUGUAGCCACCAGUAGCACUGGCAGCCAUGGAGAUGAUGAAGACUCUUAUGCCUUAGCUGAACCUUCACCUAAGAAAGAGAAAUUUGAAGAGAUUGAAACUCAUGGAAAAGAAGAGACUCCCGUCAGCACUGUUUCUCGAGAAGAGCUUUUCGGAGAGAAAUAUCCUGCAGUGACAGAGACAGUGACGACAGUAACUACGUUCGAGGAAAAGCCGGAAAUACCCGAGGAAUAUGAGAAAUACCUCGGAAGAGAAUCUCCUGUAGCAGCGGAACCACCUAAGGCUGUGGAAUCUCCCGUCAGCACUGUUUCUCGAGAGGAGAUCUUUGGAGAGAAAUACCCUACAGUGACAGAGACAGUGACGACAGCUGCGGAAUCGCCUAAGGCUGUGGAAUCUCCCGUCAGCACUGUUUCUCGAGAGGAGAUCUUUGGAGAGAAAUACCCUACAGUGACAGAGACAGUGACGACAGUAACUACGUUCGAGGAAAAGCCGGAAGUACCCGAGGAAUAUGAGGAAUAUCUCGGAAGAGAAUCUCCUGUAGCAGCGGAAUCGCCUAAGGCUGUGGAAUCUCCCGUCAGCACUGUUUCUCGAGAGGAGAUCUUUGGAGAGAAAUACCCUACAGUGACAGAGACAGUGACGACAGUAACUACGUUUGAGGAAAAGCCGGAAGUACCCGAGGAAUAUGAGAAAUAUCUCGGAAGAGAAUCUCCUGUAGCAGCGGAAUCGCCUAAGGCUGUGGAAUCUCCCGUCAGCACUGUUUCUCGAGAGGAGAUCUUUGGAGAGAAAUACCCUACAGUGACAGAGACAGUGACGACAGUAAUUACGUUUGAGGAAAAGCCGGAAGUACCCGAGGAAUAUGAGAAAUAUCUCGGAAGAGAAUCUCCUGUAGCAGCGGAACCACCUAGGCUGUGGAAUCGCCUAAGGCUGUGGAAUCUCCCAGACAGUGACGACAGUAACUACGUUCGAGGAAAAAGCCGGAAGUACCCGAGGAAUGAGAAAUACCUCGGAAGAGAAUCUCCUGUAGCAGCGGAACCACCUAAGUCUGUGGAAUCAGCCAAGGCAGAGGAAUCUCCCGUCAGCACUGUUUCUCGAGAGGAGAUCUUUGGAGAGAAAUAUCCUGCAGUGACAGAGACAGUGACGACAGUAACUACGUUCGAGGAAAAGCCGGAAGUACCCGAGGAAUAUGAGAAAUACCUCGGAAGAGAAUCUCCUGUAGCAGCGGAACCACCUAAGGCUGUGGAAUCUCCCGUCAGCACUGUUUCUCGAGAGGAGAUUUUCGCAGAGGAAUAUCCGCCAGUGACAGAGACAGUGACGACAAGACAGUACGACAGUACUACGUUCGAGGAAAAGCCGGAAGUACCCGAGGAAUAUGAGGAAUAUCUCGGAAGAGAAUCUCCUGUAGCAGCGGAAUCGCCUAAGGCUGUGGAAUCUCCCGUCAGCACUGUUUCUCGAGAAGAGCUUUUCGGAGAGAAAUAUCCUGCAGUGACAGAGACAGUGACGACAGUAACUACGUUUGAGGAAAAGCCGGAAGUACCCGAGGAAUAUGAGAAAUAUCUCGGAAGAGAAUCUCCUGUAGCAGCGGAAUCGCCUAAGGCUGUGGAAUCUCCCGUCAGCACUGUUUCUCGAGAGGAGAUCUUUGGAGAGAAAUACCCUACAGUGACAGAGACAGUGACGACAGUAACUACGUUUGAGGAAAAGCCGGAAGUACCCGAGGAAUAUGAGAAAUAUCUCGGAAGAGAAUCUCCUGUAGCAGCGGAAUCGCCUAAGGCUGUGGAAUCUCCCGUCAGCACUGUUUCUCGAGAGGAGAUCUUUGGAGAGAAAUACCCUACAGUGACAGAGACAGUGACGACAGUAACUACGUUCGAGGAAAAGCGGAAGUACCCGAGGAAUAUGAGAAAUACCUCGGAAGAGAAUCUCCUAAGAGCUUUUUUCGGAGAGAAAUAUCCUGCAGUGACAGAGACAGUGACGACAGUAACUACGUUCGAGGAAAAGCCGGAAGUACCCGAGGAAUAUGAGAAAUACCUCGGAAGAGAAUCUCCUGUAGCAGCGGAACCACCUAAGGCUGUGGAAUCUCCCGUCAGCACUGUUUCUCGAGAGGAGAUUUUCGCAGAGGAAUAUCCGCCAGUGAAGGAAAGUGCGACAACUCACGAGGAGGAACCCAGUGAUCAGGAGAAGCUGUGGAAGCAUAUGGAAGAGAAGCUAUUUGAAAGCACGGAAGAGAUCCGAACACAAGUAGAGCGUGAAGAAAGUCCACAAUUCACCACCGAGAAAGAGUCCCUUAGCGAUGAAACAACGCAGCCAUCGUUUGGUGACAGACUAGCAGGCUUCGCAACCAAAGCAGCAAAGAUAGCAGGAGGAGCUGUUGUAGCCCCAGUAGCACUGGCAGCCAUGGGUGCUUCUGCAGCAUACGAAGCAAUAACUAAGGAUGAAGGACCAAAGAUCAGAGAUGAUGAAGACUCUUAUGCCUUAGCUGAACCUUCACCUAAGAAAGAGAAAUUUGAAGAGAUUGAAACUCAUGGAAAAGAAGAGACUCCCGUCAGCACUGUUUCUCGAGAAGAGCUUUUCGGAGAGAAAUAUCCUGCAGUGACAGAGACAGUGACGACAGUAACUACGUUCGAGGAAAAGCCGGAAGUACCCGAGGAAUAUGAGAAAUACCUCGGAAGAGAAUCUCCUGUAGCAGCGGAACCACCUAAGGCUGUGGAAUCAGCCAAGGCAGAGGAAUCUCCCGUCAGCACUGUUUCUCGAGAGGAGAUCUUUGGGAGAAAUACCCUAAAAAAGCUUUGGAGAGAAAUACCCUACAGUGACAGAGACAGUGACGACAGUAACUACCAGCGGAACCACUUAAGGCUGUGGAAUCAGCCAAGGCAGAGGGAAUCUCCCGUCAGCACUGUUUCUCGAGAGGAGAUCUUUGGAGAGAAAUACCCUACAGUGACAGAGACAGUGACGACAGUAACUACGUUCGAGGAAAAGCCGGAAGUACCCGAGGAAUAUGAGGAAUAUCUCGGAAGAGAAUCUCCUGUAGCAGCGGAAUCGCCUAAGGCUGUGGAAUCUCCCGUCAGCACUGUUUCUCGAGAGGAGAUCUUUGGAGAGAAAUACCCUACAGUGACAGAGACAGUGACGACAGUAACUACGUUCGAGGAAAAGCCGGAAGUACCCGAGGAAUAUGAGAAAUACCUCGGAAGAGAAUCUCCUGUAGCAGCGGAAUCGCCUAAGGCUGUGGAAUCUCCCGUCAGCACUGUUUCUCGAGAGGAGAUCUUUGGAGAGAAAUACCCUACAGUGACAGAGACAGUGACGACAGUAACUACGUUCGAGGAAAAGCCGGAAGUACCCGAGGAAUAUGAGAAAUACCUCGGAAGAGAAUCUCUCCUGAGACCUAAGGCAGCGGAAUCGCCUAAGGCUGUGGAAUCUCCCGUCAGCACUGUUUCUCGAGAGGAGAUCUCAGGAGAGAAAGUACCCUACAGUGACAGAGACAAGGACGACACAGCGGAACCACCUAAGGCUGUGGAAUCUCCCGUCAGCACUGUUUCUCGAGAAGAGAUCUUUGGAGAGGAAUAUCCUACAGUGACAGAGACAGUGGCGACAGUAACUGCGUUUGAGGAAAAACCGGAAUCCUCUGUUGAAUAUGAUAAAGACAGUGACGACAGUAACUACGUUGAGGAAAAGCCGGAAGUACCCGAGGAAUAUGAGAAAUACCUCGGAAGAGAAUCUCCUGUAGCAGCGGAACCACCUAAGGCUGUGGAAUCACCAAGGCGAAUUCCCGUCAGCACUGUUUCUCGAGAGGAGAUCUUUGGAGAGAAAUACCCUACAGUGACAGAGACAGUGACGACAGUAACUACGUUUGAGGAAAAGCCGGAAGUACCCGAGGAAUAUGAGAAAUAG